CGCACCUGCCUUGCCUCUUUGACGAGAGACGUCAUUGUUUCAGAUAUCAACAGAGACUUCCAGUUUCCACUUCAGAUGACUCCAACGAUUUGAGAGACUCUACAUCGAGUUCGAGGAAUUUUAUAUGGUAAGGCUUUCGAGGUGUGCUUGAACGCCGUCGAUCAUGCCAUCAAGACUCCCAUCAGAAUUCCCCCAGAAUCUGCUUGGGCCAUUACGACGGUAAAGCGAUAAAGAAGCCUAAAAACAUCAUGUCUUCUUCAAAGGCAGCGCUCAAGGCUGUCAAAGCGUCGCUGGAUGCUGGCAAUUUCGCCCAGGCCGCCGAUCAAGCCGAGGACCUCAUCAAGGCCGACAAGACGAAUCAUACCGCCUUGUUGUUCCUAGGCUUUGCGAGAGAAAAGCUCGGUCAGUUGGAAGCUGCCGAGACUGCCAUAUCGCGGGCGGCCAGUAUCAAACCGGACGAUGCUCAGGCCUACAAAGGCUUGAUCACGCUCUACGAGAAACAGGGCUUCCAGAAACUAGAUCAAUAUCACGACACCGCAUUUCGAUUGGCCGAGAUCUAUGCUCAGGCUGAUGACCGCAAUCAAUGCCAGAAUGUCAUCGACAAGUACGAGUUGUUCGCCAAGAAGAACGGCACCCCCAACCAAUAUCGCAAAGCCAUCGAGCUCAUACUGCCUUCAUCAGCGCUCUAUCCCACACUAGAAGGGCGUGUCCUUCGACCAAAUCUUGCCUAUCUACGGAUCUUGGAGUCAGCCCAAGGUGAAGAGAAAGAGUGGAUCAAUUCGCAAAUCGGUGAGAGACGAACCAGAAUUGGUUCAAAGAUCGACCAAGUUACUCGGCAAGUCAAGUAUGAAGCAAUAGCAAGGUUUGAUAUUGAAGAAAAGUAUGCCAGACUCAUUGAUUGGACACAAGACGACGAUGCGCGGCAUGACCUUGAGCAAAAACUCUUUCAAAGAAUGUACGACAACCUGCUCCUGUUGCCCAGCGAAAGCAAGUCUCAACAACGUGACAAGGUGUUAAACAUGGCCAAUGGAAUGGUUAUUGUCAAGCAACAAUAUCCUUUAGCGUGGGAGGUCGCUCUAGAAUGGGUUGAUGCCGAAGCUCUCGACGAGUGGGAUGUUACCAUCUUCCGCGAGUAUGCAACCUAUUUCCCUGAUCGUGGUUUGAGUAAGAUUUUUCAAGGCUUUCUAGACAGCGAAGCUUCUCCGUUUCCUUACCAACCCGCGGAGGCUGCCGAAGGUGAUAGCCCUCCAGAAAGGCUGAAUGAGGUAGAUCAACUCAACCUCAUAACUGAAGGCUUAGAAGACUGUCCAGACUCUUUACUAGGUCACCGAAUUGCAGCUUAUAUCCACCUCUUUCUGAAAGAAUGGCAAACUGCGUCCGAAUUGGCUCGAAAAGCUCAAAAUUUGCUUGUCAUUGCACAAAAGCAAAAGGCCCUCCAGCUACAAAACAGCCUGGAUGGUGUCAACCUCAUCCUCGCAAAUGCCCUCAUCUCCUUUCAAUCUCCACGACAUCACCCAGAAUCUAAACAACUCUUCCAAGACAUCCUUUCCCGAAAGCCUCUGUUGACCCCAGCCUUGUUGGGGGUUGGCUUAAUCUACGAGGAUGAUGAGGACUAUGAAGAAGCCGUCAAGUUUCUCGAUCAAGCAGCCCAACGAGACCCGGAUAAUAUUCGCAUCAAACUGGAGCUAGCAUGGUGUCGAGCUCAAAAUGGAGACCUUCAGGCCGGUCUAGACGGUCUCCAAGAGGUCUUGUCCGCAAUUGAGGCAGACAAAACAAAAGAUCUCCCCCUGAAAUCUAUCACGCUCUAUCGAAUCGCAUACUGUAUAUGGCAUCUUGACCCUUCUCCGGCGAGCCGCAAGGAUCGGGCCGGAGCUUACAAAUACCUGAUUGAGUCAACAAAGGCAAACAAGGACUAUGCUCCCGCCUAUACAUUGUUCGGCAUAUACUUCCAGGACUAUGCCAAGAACAAAAAGCGUGCUCGUACCGCCUUACAAAAGGCAUUUGAACUGUCCGACUCCGAGUUGGACGCGGCCUACCGCCUAGCGAGCACUUUUUCCAAAUCAGGAGAGUGGGACCUCGUCGAACUCGUGGCACAGCGAGUUGUUGCGUCGGGGAAAGCUAAACCCGCCCCUGGCUCAAAGAAAAAAGCCCACAGCUGGCCCUACGCAGCCCUUGGUGUGGUUCAGAUGAACAAGCAGCAGUAUUCUCAAAGCAUUAUUUCUUUUCAGUCGGCCCUUCGCAUAUCUCCCGAUGAUUACUAUUCCUGGGUCGGCUUAGGCGAAAGUUAUCAUAAUGCCGGUCGCCAUAUUGCAGCCACGAGAGCCUUUGCAAAGGCAGAGACUGUUGGUCACGGCUUGCCCUCUGAGGAAACCUGGUUUGCAAAGUACAUGCUAGCCAAUGUGCAGCGGGAGAUGGGGUCUUUUGAUGAAGCCAUUUCUGCCUAUCAAGGCGUCCUCCAAACCAAGCCUGAAGAGUUUGGAGUGCUUAUUGCUUUGCUGCAAACAUUGUCAGAAAGCGCUUGGGCAAAAGUCAGCCUUGGGAUGUUUGGCGAAGCCGCCAAUCUCGCAAAUGGUGCUCUCGAGGCAGCAUGCAAGAUAGCCCAGAGCAACGCUGCCACUUUCAAUUUGUGGAAGGCUGUAGGUGAGGCAUGUUCAGUCUUGGGUCAAGUAAAGCUGCACUCUCCCUUGGCUGAUCUCAACAAGCUUGCUGUCUUACUCGAUGUCGGCAAAGUUGAUGAUUCCGAUGUAUUCGCCGACCUGGACAAGCUCUCCAUCGACAUUCUGACAGCAGAAGACGAUUCCUCUCCCACAGAAAAGGCCGACAAAUGGCUGGUCGGUGCGGUCCUUGCGCACAAGCGAGCCAUAGCUGUAUCUGCGGCGGACAAAUAUGCCCAAGCUGUUGGCUUCUAUAACCUUGGAUGGGCUGAGCAUCAGGCGUACAUUUCUGGAGGAACCUUGCUAUGCUCAGAAAAGAAAAAGCCCCGCCGUUUCCUGAAAGCAGCUAUGAAGUGCUUCAAGCGUGCCAUCGAAUUGGAAGCAGGCAAUUCCGAAUUCUGGAACGCACUGGGGGUGGUGACCAUGACUUUGAGUCCUAAAGUGUCCCAGCAUUCAUUCGUCCGAAGCCUACAUUUGAACGACCACAAUGCCCAGACAUGGACCAACAUAGGGGUCCUUUAUCUGAUCAACAAUGAUCAUGAACUUGCCAACGAAGCUUUCACAAGAGCCCAGUCCGAAGACCCCGAGUUUGCGGAUGCGUGGAUUGGGCAAGGUCUUUUGGCGACAUUGGUUGGGCAGGUCAACGAAGCAAGAGGCUUGUUUAUGCACGCCUUUGAGAUUGCCGACUCCUCUCUGCUACCUGCAAAACGACACUAUGCACUUUCUGCGUUUGAUCAUAUUCUCAAAGACCCUGGUCGCUCUCAUGAAGCCAAUGUUCUUCUUCAGCCCCUCUUUGCUCUCCGUCAACUUCAUACCCAAUCCCCGGCAGAUACAAUCGCCACACAACUCCUGGCAAUGUUUGCCGAGCGUGUAGGUGAUUUUGCCGCCAGUGCAGAAGCCUUAGAAGAAGUCUGCAGUGCUUCCGAGGCGGCAUAUGAGAGCUCAGAAUCUAUGGAUGAUCUCGUACGGUUUUCUCAGGCCAAGGCUGCUCUCGCGCGUGCGCAGCUCGGACAACAGGAGUUCCUCAGUUCCAUCACCAAUGCGGAGGUUGCACUAGAUUUGUCUGAGGAUGCUGCGGAAUUUGAUACCAUCCACCACGACUCUCGACGCCAAUGGCGACUUUCAGCCCAUAUCACGGCAGGUCUAGCCCACAGCCAUCUCCAGCAGAUCGAAUCGUCGAUUCAAAUGUUUAAAGCGGCGCUCGAAGAGUCAUCAAAUGCCCCAGAUGUGGUGUGUAUGCUUGCUCAAGUGCUCUGGGCCAAAGGUGGUGAGUCGGAGAAGGAAGCAGCUCGGACGCAAUUGUUCAACGUUGUGGAAGAACAUCCAGACCACGUCCAAGCCACUGCUCUCUUGGCAGUGACGGGGCUGUUGGACGACAAUCAAGAUGUCCUUGACGCAGUGGAGGAGGAUCUGAGGACUUUGAGACAAAGCGAUAAAAUCGGCUUGUUAGACAAGAUCAAAGUUACCAAGCUUCUUUCCGGAAUUGUAGCGUGCAAGGAGAACAAUCCAGCAUCCAGAGACAAUAUGGGUCUGCUUGCUGAUGCAUUGAGUGGGAUCAUGUUGGCACCAGGACAGCCGCAGGGAUGGCUCGAGCUGUCACAGGCGACCAAGGGUCGGAAUGCUGAAGGCUAUGCUGCGGAAAUGGCCAUCUUGAACGCCGAGAAACAAAUUCCUCCCAGAGGCAGGCUUGCUGCUGAUGACUUAAGCCGAGCUUACGAAAGUUCGGGUCGGCAUGAGGAUCAUUUGAAGGCAAGAAUGAUAGCGCCAUGGCGAUUGGAACUUGCAGCUGAAGGGUGACGACGAUCAAGGAAGGCGACUCGAUCAGUAGACGAGCGUCAAUGUUGGGUAGCCUGAUAGAUCGAGCUUAACAUGCCGAAAUGUAACACCAGAGUAGUUGAAGUGUGGUCCAGGAUAGUUGAUAGAGACAGAAGAGGUCAACAAUGC